AUGGACGGUCCUCCAACGCACGAAGGCGAAGCAGAUUUCCAAGCACCAGGGGCGUCAAAGCCUUCUAAGACAUGGUACAAGGUCGUCGGAAAUCUAGAUUCGCCACCUCUAAUUGUUUUGCAUGGUGGUCCUGGUGCUGGCCAUGAGUACAUGAUCACAUUAGUUGAUUUAUACGAAAAACACAAGCUUCCAAUCGUGUUGUAUGAUCAAGUCGGAUGCGGUCGUUCCACCCACUUCCAAGAGAAAGCCGGCGACGAGUCGUUCUGGACAAUGGAUCUUUUCAUUGCUGACCUUGAUAAUCUCGUCGACCAUCUACAAUUGCGAGACGUCGGGUUUUCCGUCCUUGGCCAAAGCUGGGGUGGCAUCCUUGCCGGCGCUUACGCUUCACGCCGACCGAAGGGUCUAAGAAAACUUAUCAUUGCUGGUGGACCUGCAAGCAUGCCUUUAUAUUCUGAGGGCUGUAAGUAUCUCCUUUCUCAACUUCCACCAGACGUGCGUCAUGUCAUCGAGGAAUGCGAACGUAAAGGUGACUACGAAAGCGAAGAAUUCCAGAAAGCGAGUGCCGUAUUCUACGCUCGCCACUUCUGCAAACUCGACCCAUUCCCCGAGCCUGUCCAAGCCGGAUUCGCCCACUUGAAGGAAGACCCAACUGCCUAUCUUACAAUGCAAGGACCUUCGGAGUUCACAAUCAUCGGGAGUUUCAAAGACUGGGAGCCGUGGAAAGAGGCACAUAACAUUGAAGUUGACGCCCUGCUUAUUAACGGUGAUCAAGAUGAGGCCAUGGAUCUCUGCAUUGAGCCAUGGUUUAGGAGUAUUACCAAGGUCAAAUGGGUCACAAUCAGCAAUGCUAGUCACAUGACCCAUUGGGAACAGCGGGAAAGAUUUAAUGAACUCUGUGGAACGUUUCUCUUAAAUGGAUCGAAGUAA